AUGAGAGUAGUCGGUCUGAUAUACAUCACAUGCAUUGCCAGUACAUUUGUACUUUGUCAAGAAGGAGCAGGAAAAUGUGUGUGCAGGGAAUACAGGUGUGAAGGGUAUGAACACAACGCCGGAUAUUGUGAGAUGCGGGGUUUUCAUUCAGGUCAUGGAAGUAGUUGCUGCAAACCAUACUGCACGUGCAGAGAAUCUUGCAACCCAGGAGAAAGUAAUGAAGGCCGAAAUGGAGUACCGUCUUGGGUAGCAGAAAACGAACAUUACAUGCGGCGAUGGGAAAUGGCAAAUUCUGGAACGAAAGAUGAAGCUGGUAGCUGUCCUAUUAAUCAAACAUUUUGUUGUCCUAGUUGUCUAUGUCGUAGUAAAUGCAAGCUCGCAGAAAUAAACAUCGCAAAAGCCAGUUGUGGUUCAAACGAUGUACUCUGCUGCACAAAUCAAACCAGAAAUUGGAGGUGCGAUGAUGGUGAAAUUCUUCUCGGCAAAUCAUAUAACAAACGAUAUUGUGGGCAAUGUUCAUGUCGUAAAACAUGUACAUCGGAAGAAAUACAACAAUCAAAGAAUAAUUGUCAGGAAAAUCAUGAACUCUGCUGCAAAACUUGCACUUGUAAGUCAACGUGUACCGGAAAUGAGACAGUUAUGAAUCAUGGUAAGUGUGCAGCUAGUAAGAAGAUGUGCUGUGAAGAUUGCAAGUGCAAAACAGGGUGUGACGUAACAGAGCGUGAUAAGGGAAAAGACACUUGUCAAUACGGCUUAACACGUUGUUGCUACCCAUAAUUCCAAGUUACUAGUAACUCUGAUUGCAACGCAUAAACAUUGAUUCUACGUUAACUCGUUAAAUUCAGAAAUAAGAAUAGUUGAAAAACACCUGUCUUAAAAUGGCUUUUGAGUGUUUUUAUUUGUUUGAACAAUGUUUUAAUAGUCUACAUCUGAAGUCAGUGGACCCAAACAGGCCCUAGAUUUUGUACCAGAAUAUAAGAAUGAACACUCAGCAGGUACAGCGUAAGAUACGUUAUAUUGAAUAAUAUACAUCCCCUCCCAAGGCUUAAAUAGGCUGCAACAUUUUGUUUUUCAUGUUUUUUCAACAGAAAGUUUUAUAAGAAAUGGCUUUAUGAACAAUUCUAUAAGAAAUUUUGUAAUAAAAGUAAAAUAUUUCAUAUUUGACAGAUCUGAUUGGUGAAUUUUUUAAAGUUUACUAUUUUCAAUUUCUAAAAGUUUUAAUGAUUUCAAGAAAAGGUGCAUGUAUCCAGUGAUUUUAUAUCAAAAUCAAUCAACGCUGUGCAUCCGUUUAUUGCAACGCAUAUUUUAAAGUAAACUCCUCUGAAAAUCUUUCAAAUCUGAUAUAACAUGAUCGUCUCAAGCAUAACGUAUUUUAUGCUUUUGCAAUAUGUUUCUUAUAUUAUUGUUUAAAGAUAAUUAUUAAUGUCUAAUACGAAAACAAUCAUAAUCAAAAACCAUUUUUAUAAAGUCAAAUACUACUGGUUACAGUAUUUCUCUCACAUGUUUAAAAUAUUUGACAUAUAUCACCUUCAGUAACACACAAAAGCAAGGAAAAAGCGUGAACAAUUCAGUUAGAUAUUACAUAUUUUACAUGUUCAAUGAAUUUACUUUUAAAACAAUACACAUGUAAUGUUUUUCUUUUCAACGUUUUAAGAAUACACCACCAUGAUCAUGAUCUCAGCCAUAAUUAUGUCGUAUCUUAAGAAAAUCAAAAUAUACAGGUUAAGACACUUACAAUUUCGUUAAAAUUUUCAGGUUCUUAUAAAAUUAUAAAUAAUGGAUCUUCUAAAGUAUUGAACAUAAAUUUUAUCUGUCUUUCGGCCUCUUUCAUAUUUCUCAUAUAUUCUAUUCCUAUCUGAUUUUUUGGCUUGUUGGUGUUUUAAUAUGUUUACUGGCCGUGGGGUUCGGUUGUUUUUUAGACUCUGUCCUUUUCAGAUAAUCAAGAUCAGAUUUCUUCGCUAUUCAUCUCUAUUCUUUCUGCCUAAAAUUCUGCAUGGUUGAUAUUAUUGGUGACAAUAAAAGAAUAUGAAAUGAAGAUUUACUGAUUCUAUUGUAAACAUAUGAGUUUAACUUCCAUUGCUACGCUUUAGAAUAAAACAAGAGAUUUUUAUAAGAUACGUUAUGAUUUUCGUAAGAUACGUUAUAUAACUAGCCUUGUUCAGCAUACUCAAUAGAAGAAAACACGUCUUAUUAGCUAAUGUAUAGCCUAGACCUACACUAGGACAGUUUAUUAAAAUACAUUUUCUUAAAUUAAAAUUAUAAAUUGCAUGUAUAAAUAAUGUAUUAUUCUUUCAUAAUAUACGUUACAAUGCAUAAGAUACGUUACAUAACUGACGACUGUUUUCAGUUUCCGAAACGACCAACUUUGGCUAAAUAAACCGUUCAAAGUUAAUUCCACAUCAAGUCUAAAUGUAUAACCUCUAACAAUAUUGCCAAAUAUCAUGUCCAAUACAAUACAUAUUUAAUAACUACUUACUUUUUCUAGGCUUUACUUCAUUCAUUUUUCUAUCACUCUCACUAAGUAAGCAUUAUGUGUGUUUAAACAUGUUCGCAAUGUAUUUUGCUGAUGUUGAUAAAGUACCUAAUUGCGCAUACAUCGAUUUACGUUAUUAGUCGUUGUGAGUUAAUCAAUUAUUUCAUCAGCAUAAAGUAUCUUAUUUUAACGUAUCUUACUUGCAUUUUAUGAAAUCGAACCCCACAUGAAAAUGUUCAUCUUUUUUUACUACAUUUCCUUCACAUACAUAAGGUAGGCAUAGCUGGCCUAAUAAUAAUACGGUUUGUGGCCACCCUUUCCGAAAGUUAUUUUCAUUUUCUUGCAAACUCUGUAUAACGUAUCUUAUGUUUUUAUUUAAGAAUUCCAGUCGCGGUUAAUCAACUUGCUUGGUUCUGGAAAGUAUGCAUUCUACUAUGAAAUAACUUGUAAAAUGUAUACAGCUAUGCUGUGUACGUGUUCCAUUUAAAAGUAAUAUGAGGUUCCAUAAAACUUAAAUCAUUGGUUAUUUUGUCAGUUAAAUUCGCAUAACGUAUCUUACUUGAAAAUCGGGACAAUGGACUAUUGGAAAAUGCAAAAAGAUAUCACUCAAUACAGUAAGAUUUUGUGUUUCAAAUUCCACACUUACCCUUGUUCUUUUAGUUCAUGCUUUGUACGCAAGUGUACAGUACGCACUGACUUUGCAAGAUAGCUUGCAUUAUACACACCCAUGCUAGGGACAGGCAAAAAUGGUCAGAAUUGGGCUAUACAUGUAUAUGGAGCUACUGCUGAUGAAUGAAUAAACAUAUCGCGCAAAAAGUGGUUUCCUGGUGUCACCUCAUUAUUGUUCUACAUUAUAAAUAUAUAAGCGUUAAUACCAAUGACUUUUUAAUAUAUAAGCUUGGGACAGGUAAAAAACGUAAUGUGACGAGUUAACGUAGAAUCAAUGUAAAAGGAAAGUUUGAGUUGUAAGAAUAUUUACUGCCUUUUGUGGCGUCAGUUAUUGACGCUGAAACAUAGAUUACAUCAUCAAAACUAUUUUCACAAUGCAACAUUUGAAAGAAAUAAUUGGGAGUUUGCUACUUAUGGUUUAUCUGU